AGAGCAGAUCGAUAUGUACUGUGAUUGUCUCCGAAGCAACGCACCAUUUUACUUCCAAAGGCAACAAAUUGUGUGAAUUGACGCACGCAAAAUUAGUUGCCUGUUAACCCUAUAGUCGUAUUGGAUCGUCGAGGCUGAACGUAUUAUUGCGGCUGUAUUCAAUGGAGGAGAACAAAGACCAGAAAGACAUCUGGAUCUUCGGAUAUGGGUCAUUGGUGUGGAAAGCAGAUUUUCCCUUCGUGGAAAAACGAACAGGUUUCAUAAAAGGAUUCCUGCGGCGGUUCUUUCAAAAUAGUACUGAUCACCGGGGAACAUCUGAUAAACCCGGGCGAGUUGUUACUUUGAUCCAUUCGGAAAACACGGAAGCAAAAGUGUGGGGUAUGGGUUACCGGAUCGCGGCGAAGGAUAAGCAACACGUACUGAAACAUCUUGAUCACCGGGAAAAAAAUGGAUACGAACGCUAUCAGGUUGACUUUUAUCCGUACCCCUUGGAUCAGAAUCAGUUGAACGAGCCUCAAUCCAUUCUGCUGUACGUAGCGACACACGAAAACCCAUCUUUUGCCGGUCAGCAGGAUACACUGGAAACGAUCGCCCAGCAAAUCCUAGGAGCGGUUGGCCAGAGUGGCAGGAAUCCUGAGUACGUUUACAAGCUGGCCGAUGCGAUGCGUCAGCUGUAUCCAGGCGAACAGGACGAUCAUUUGUUUGAUCUAGAACGUUUGCUUUUGGAGCGCGAUCCGGUGAUGUUGGAGAGCGAAAGGCUGAAGGAAAUCGACGUAAACCGAUCGGAGCUCAGCAAGGAAGGAUAACAAAAUCGAGAACACACAAAAGUAUGCUGCAGGCAGCACAUGGUUGGCCCGAAUUAGGAUCGAUAAAAAAACAUCGAUUGAGAGCUCUUAUUAAGAUACUUUCUCAUCAUAACAGCGAUGCAUCCUGAAGUAAUAAUAUG